ACUAUUUUCUUUCACAAUUCUUUCGCCCUUUCAGAUGAAUAAAGUGAAGGCUGUGAAAUUCUAUUUUAGACUGUUUAGCAAAGAAAUAAGCCAGGAUUGACUUUUCAUGAAAAAAGAAACAUAAAGUUUGACUUUCAUUUGCGUGCCCCAGAAGUUCUUCUAGCCCCUGCUACGACUGUGGCUCUCGAGUAGUUGAAAAAUUGAACCAGAGUUUCGUUUUCUCGAAGCACUGGGUUUGAUCAAUAGGAGCUGCAAGGUUACUCUGAUGACUUGUUGCUUUCAUCUUUUCAGAAAGAAAGGGUCUUCCUCAGCCACACGCUUGACGGGAGUUGAUAUAGAUAUUUCAGAAAUUCAGAAUGUAAAUAUUUACACUUACAAGGAAUUGCGAAUUGCCACUGAAGGUUUUAGUCUCGCAAACAAGAUAGGGCAGGGAGGUUUUGGAUCUGUCUAUAAGGGAAAGCUGAGAGAUGGUUCUCUGGCAGCUAUAAAGGUUUUAUCAGCAGAAUCGAGACAAGGGGUUCGCGAGUUCUUGACAGAAAUCAAGGUGAUCACUAGUAUAGAGCAUGAGAAUCUAGUUAAGUUGUAUGGGUGCUGUGUGGAAGACAACCACAGGAUUUUGGUGUAUGGAUAUCUUGAGAAUAACAGCCUAGCACAAACACUUCUUGGUGCAGGCAAUAGUAGCAUCCAAUUCAGCUGGCAUGUAAGGAGGAACAUUUGCAUAGGUGUUGCCCGGGGCCUUGCAUUCCUUCAUGAGGAGGUUCAGCCACAAAUUAUUCACAGAGACAUAAAAGCAAGCAAUGUACUAUUAGACCAACACCUCCAUCCCAAAAUUUCAGAUUUUGGCCUUGCAAAGCUUAUUCCACCAAAUCUUACCCAUAUUAGUACACGUGUUGCUGGAACAGCUGGUUAUUUGGCACCUGAGUAUGCAAUAAGAAAUCAAGUGACAAGAAAAUCCGAUGUCUAUAGUUUUGGAGUUCUGCUAUUAGAAAUUGUUAGUGGGAGGCCCAACACAAACAGACGUUUACCUGUUGAAGAACAUUACCUUCUUACAAGGGCAUGGGAUUUGUAUGAGGGAAGAGAACUCGAAAGAUUAGUGGAUGCUUUUCUAGAUGGGGACUUCAAUAUUGAGGAGGCAGUAAGGUUUUGUAAGAUUGGUCUCCUUUGCACACAGGAUUCUCCUCAGUUCCGGCCUUCUAUGUCCACUGUUCUUGACAUGCUUUUAGGUGAAAAAGAUGUGAGCGAGGAGAAUAUGACAAAACCAGGGAUGAUAUUUGAAUUUGUGGAAGCCACAAAUGAAGGGAAACAAAAAGGCAAGGCUGAAGUGGAUAGAACAUCUUUGUUGGUUGGUUCAGGGAAGCCAGACGAGUCAUCAUCAUCCGGAACUGUGAGCUCUUAUGCUACCAUGACCUUCACAGCGAUUUAUGAUCGAAGCAACUAGUUUCACUCUCACUUGCAUGCCCUUGUUUUUCUUCACUCUCGCUUCUAUCCGAAGUUGCCUAUUUUGGCUACAAACCAGAGUGCGAAUUUUUGUUUAAUAUCGUCUUCUCAUACUAUGUUAAUCAAUGAGAUUGAAUUCAAUUUUGGGAAGUGUCAAUGGUGUAGGCAGUAUAUCACCCUAUCAUAGUAUUUUGAACCAGUUAGUUGUUCAUGUUUUGCUUGGUUGUUUGUGGCUGUUAUGCUGCUCUUUGUUUCUGACAACAUUAAAAAUGACAGUUGUCAGAGUGAUUCUCCUGAAGCGGUGUCUCUUGUGAUUAACAGAUAUAGUGAGUGUAUCUUAUUUGAGAUUA